AUUCCUCCAGUAACGAUAAGCGAUUGGUGCUACACGGUUCAUGAUCAAUUGGUCGAUCGGCGGCAAACGACUCGCGGAGACUGCAAGAUGCGUUCUUUAAUAUUCAUAUUACUUUUAGCGAUCCCAUGUUCAUUAGCCAUCAUUAGGAAGACGAUAGAGUGCGCACGGGUGCAACGUAAUUCAACGUGCUUCAUCGAGGGCGUAUCGUUUCAAUCCCCAACGGAGGAGUACUUUGCCGCCUUUCCAACCUCAUCACACAUAAUUAUAGAAUCGAGUGAAAUUCUACACUUCUCGGCCCAGCUGUUCGAUGCGCUUGCCGAGACAGCCUUCCUAACGCUGAAGGGCUGCCUGAUACCGGCCGUUACCUUUCGCUCGGAUGAAUUACACUGUCUACGCAUCGACAAUACUGAGCUGCGGGAGUUUGCGGUAACGCCGCACGAAAAUCGGAACCUCAACACACUCAUCAUCAACGGGAAUCCUUUGUCGGCGAUUCCACCGACCGUCCGAUAUCUUACAGCUCUCUCCAUUCUGGACCUAUCCAACAAUCAGCUGGAGCACAUCAAACUAGGUUGGUUUCAGACGAUGGGCAAUCUGCUAGUACUGGACCUUUCCGGGAACAGAAUCACACGCAUCGAGAUACAGCCAUCGUUGCGAUUAGGACGACUGAAAAACUUCUGGAUCAAUCACAACCAUCUGCAGAGUGUUCCAUUUUUCCCCAACUUUGCACCAUCCUUACGACGCGUUCGACUCGUAGAAAAUCACUGGAGCUGCGAAUGGGUAGCUCAAGUUCGGCAAUCUAUUUGGGACUCUGCAAUUCAGGUGUACGGUGCGGAGUACGUGUGUGCUGAUAAAUUAGAUGGAGGACUUUGUUGCUACGAAGGCUACCCGUACAAUACGACGGGUAUGCAAUUGGAGCAGGCAGAAGAGACAUAUUUCGAUAAUAGGAGACAGAUCGAGCAAUUCCCGCGCGCAGAACGUUUAACAGCUGGUGACGAAAGUCAAGCAGGCAGAGAGCAUUUGCUUCUAAAACAAUCAUACAACGUGCUGGAGCAAAAGUAUCGCCGGUUGGCGGAGCAGAAGGAACAGCUUGAGCAGCGGUUCGUAAAUACGGUGCGUGAGUUAGAACGAACUGUGAAAAGGUUAACGGCGGAAUUAACAGAAGCGCAAGACACAAUCCGGGCACAAAACUUAAGAAUAAUGUUAUGAUUAUUAUUAUUUUUCUGUAGUACACCACAAAAGAGACUUAUUUAGUUAAAAAGAGGUGCAUUUCCGCUUGUACAUUUAAAACCAGGUUAAUAAUAAAAUGGGUGUAUUUACACUAGGAAAA